GAAAAUCACGUGGUUAUAACGGCGCGAAAUAACCACAUUGUCAACAAAGUAAGGAGGGAAGUCUGUUAAAGUUUGUAAAGAAAAAUGGCAACAGACAUUGACCAGCGUUUGAUCGACAUCCAGAGAGAGUAUGUUGACUUCCUUGAUGAUGGGGAAGACCAAGGAAUCUACCAACAGAAGGUUCGGGAUAUGAUUACAGAGGACAAAAAUCGACUAGUCAUAAACAUCAAUGAUCUUCGCAAGAAAAAUCCCAAACGAGCACAAAGCUUGUUGAACGACUCAUUUGAAGAGUUGGUGGCACUCCAGAAAGCCUUGAAGGAGUUUGUAGCAUCAGCAGACCCAGUAUACAGCAAGCAGCAUGAAGAGUUUUUUGUCGGAUUUGAGGGCAGCUUUGGUGCCAAACAUGUUACUCCAAGAACGCUAACAUCCAGUUACCUUGGCAACAUGGUUUGUGUGGAAGGGAUUGUCACCAAAUGUUCCUUAAUCCGGCCAAAGGUCGUGAGGAGUGUGCAUUUCUGUCCUACAACAAAAAAGACGAUGGAGAGGCGUUACACAGAUAUGACAUCUCUGGAUGCCUUCCCAGCUUCUGCAGCAUACCCUACCAAGGAUGAGGAAGGUAACUUACUGGAGACUGAGUAUGGUUUGUCUGCAUACAAGGACCACCAGACGUUCAGCAUUCAGGAAAUGCCAGAGAAAGCUCCAGCUGGUCAGCUCCCACGAUCCGUGGAUAUAGUAGCCGAUAACGAUCUGGUAGACGUUUGCAAGCCAGGAGACAGAGUGCAGGUAAUAGGCAUGUACAGAUGUAUGCCAGGUAAAAGGAAUGGAUUCACUACAGGAACAUUCAGGACUAUUAUGAUAGCGAGCAACAUUCAGCUUCUGAGUAAGGAAGUCACGCCCUCAUUUUCUGCAGAAGAUGUGGCAAAGAUUAAGAAAUUUGGUAAACAGAAGAGCGUGGAUGUGUUUGAUGUUCUGGGACGGUCGCUGGCGCCCUCUAUCCAUGGCCAUGAGUACAUCAAAAAAGCAGUGCUCUGUAUGUUACUAGGAGGAACAGAGAAAGUUUUGGCAAACGGGUCCAGGAUAAGGGGGGACAUAAAUGUACUCCUUAUCGGUGAUCCGUCAGUUGCAAAAUCACAGAUGCUGCGAUACGUUCUCCACACAGCACCACGAGCAGUAACGACGACUGGACGAGGAUCCUCGGGGGUGGGGCUGACGGCUGCUGUUACCACUGACCAGGAAACAGGAGAGAGACGUCUCGAGGCUGGAGCCAUGGUACUGGCAGACAGAGGGGUGGUGUGUAUCGACGAAUUUGACAAAAUGUCCGACAUCGAUCGUACAGCUAUACACGAGGUGAUGGAGCAGGGACGCGUCACAAUCGCUAAGGCUGGCAUCCACGCCAAACUCAAUGCGAGGUGUAGUGUCCUGGCAGCUGCUAAUCCUGUGUAUGGAAGGUAUGACCAGUAUAAAACUCCCAUGGAGAAUAUCGGACUUCAGGACUCUCUGCUGUCACGUUUUGACCUUCUCUUCAUCGUACUAGAUAAGAUGGACCCAGAGCAUGAUCGUAUGAUUUCUGACCACGUGUUGAGGAUGCAUCAGUACCGAAGCGCUGGAGAACAGGACGGAGAAGUUUUACCAUUUGGAAGUAAUGUAGAGAUUUUGGCUACCUCGGAUCCAAAUGAAGAUCGCGAGGAAUCUGAAACACAGGUCUAUGAAAAACACAACAAGACAUUGCAUGGACCAAGCAAAGGGAAAAACUUUAGGAUAGUGAGUAUGCAGUUUAUGAGAAAAUACAUUCAUGUAGCAAAGGCACUGAAACCAAACCUGACACGGGAAGCUGCCGAAUACAUUGCGGAGGAAUACGCGAAACUCCGCAGCCAGGAUAAUAUGCAGAACGACAACAUUGCCAGGACGACCCCAGUAACAGCUCGUACCCUGGAGACCAUGAUUCGAUUGUCCACUGCUCACGCCAAAUGUAGGCUGUCCAAGACCGUAGACAUGGAGGAUGCACAAGCUGCGAUCGAACUCAUCCAGUUUGCUUACUUCAAAAAGGUGUUAGAGAAGCAGAAGCGACGCCGUAACUCUGCUGGGGACACCGACGAGGAGAGCAGUCAAGACGAGGCUGGGGAUGAAGUGGACGGAGAGGUGCCCAAGAAGAAAAAACGGAGAACAGCCGCUGAAAAGCAUGUUCCACGAAAAGAGGGGGAUGAUGGCUAUGACCCAUACGACUUUGAUGAGAGUGAGGCUACUGCUAGCGAGGACGAAUCUCAGCCCACAAGGUCAUCCAGAAAGAAGAGAGGGAAGACUUCUGAACAAACAAUGGACACUGGUGCCCCUGCUUCUCAAAGUGCAGGGGAUAUCGACGAAGAAAAGAUGAAGAACUUCAGAACAUCACUGUUCAAUCUCUUCAAAGUGGAGCAUGCCCAAUCUGUGUCGCUGGAUAAGGUGAAAGGUCAAAUGAAAAAAGACUAUGGUGAUGACUACACAGAGGAUGAUAUAUUUGGAGCCAUCAACAAAAUGAUGGAGGCCAAUCAAGUGAUGCUGGCUGAUGAUGUUGUGUUCUUAAUCUGAGCUGCCGUUUCACAGAUAUUUCAGAGAUUGAUAAAGUGUAGAAUGUUCUUGGCUGUCGAGACAUUUAUGUUGGACAUGUAUAUCACAAAAUCACCAUUCAUGUUCCCGUUAUGAUGCAGGAUGUUCAAGUCUGUAAAUUCAUGUUCCUGUUAUGAUGUGUGGGAAAUAUUUUUCCUGUAACUUUGACAGUUUCAUUUUAAGUCGUAAUACAUGUACAUCCUGGGAGACUCAAAAUAUUGUGAUAUACAUUGUAGCACACAUGUUGUGCUUUUAAUUUCUUUAUAGAACCGAUACAAAGAAAUUAGAUUUACAUCCUGUCCGUUUAAUAGAGUGAAUGUGGACUGCAUUCCGUCAUCAUGCAAAAGAAACCAAACCGCAGUAGGGAAACCACUUGCUUUUCAUAUUUCUUUACAGCGAGAUUGAAAGGAAAAUAAUUGACAUAUACAUUAGUACUGUAUAAGAUUCAUGUGCUCUGUUACAUGUUUUAAAAAAUGUAUUUUGAGAAAUGUGCAUAUAUGUACAUUGUAAUAAAUUAUUUGAAUAUAAACCCCA